AUGGCCUCUCACGACUUUGAUCCGGAUGUCGAGGCCGUUCCGCCUACCGAAACCGAGCUCUCAUCGGUCAUGGACGCGAAUGAACGCCGUCGUGCUGCCCUGGCCCGCAUCGACCAGGCCAAAUUCGGCUGGCACCAUGUCCGUGCCGUUGUCGUUGCCGGUGUGGGUUUCUUCACUGACUCGUACGACAUUUUCGCCAUCAACCUGGCUGUCUCCAUGCUCGGCGUCGUCUACUGGCAGGGUGCCAAAUCUGGUGCUGGCAAGCUGCCUUCCAGUGCCGACACUGCCAUCAAGGUUGCCACUUCUGGCGGUACUGUCAUCGGCCAGUUGUUCUUUGGAUGGCUGGCGGACCGCAUCGGCCGAAAACGCAUGUACGGUAUCGAACUGAUGAUCAUCAUCCUGGCUACACUGGCUCAGUCCCUGUCGUCCGCUUCCCCCGGUAUGUCCAUCGUCGGCGUGCUCAUCUUCUGGCGUGUCAUCAUGGGCAUCGGUAUCGGUGGUGACUAUCCCCUGUCUUCUAUCAUUACUUCCGAGUUUGCAACCACCAAGUGGCGCGGUGCAAUGAUGGGCGCUGUGUUCGCAAUGCAGGGUAUCGGUCAAUUUGCUGCUGCUAUCGUGGCUCUCAUUGUCACUGCCGGUUUCAAGGAGUCCCUUCAGACUGCCAAGGACGUUGCCCACUGCAGUGGUGUCUGUCAGCUGGCCGUGGAUAAGAUGUGGCGCACCGUUAUCGGCUUCGGCGCGGUUCCGGCCUGUGCGGCUCUUUACUACCGUCUGACUAUCCCCGAGACCCCUCGUUACACCUUUGACGUGAGCCGGGACAUUCUGAAGGCCGACGAAGACAUUCGGGCGUACAUCAAGGGCCACCCCGAAGGUCACCCAGACGAAAUCCAGCGCAUUCGUGUUCUGCGCAACGAGAGCAUCGAGUUCCUGGCACCCAAGGCAAGCUGGGCCGACUUUAGACGACACUACGGACAGUGGAAGAACUUUAAGGUCAUUCUGGGUACUGCGGGCUCCUGGUUCUUCCUCGACAUCGCGUUCUAUGGUCUUGGUCUCAACAACUCCAUCAUCCUCAGCGCUAUUGGCUGGACCGGAGGCAAGAAUGUGUACGAGACCUUCUACCGUAACGCAGUGGGCAACCUCAUUUUGGUCUGCGCCGGCGCCAUCCCAGGCUACUGGUUCACCGUUGGUACUGUCGACACCCUCGGCCGCCAGCCAAUUCAAAUGGCCGGUUUCCUGAUUCUCACCAUCAUCUUCUUUAUUAUUGGCGGUGCCUACGAUCAUCUCAAGAAAUAUCACGGUGGUCUACUGGCACUGUACGUGCUGGCACAGUUCUUCUUCAACUUCGGCCCGAAUGCAACCACUUUCAUCGUCCCCGGCGAGUGUUUCCCAACCCGCUACCGCUCUUCCUCCCACGGUAUCAGCGCAGCCGCUGGCAAGGUCGGUGCCAUCAUCGCACAGUGUGUCUUCGGUCCCCUGGUUCACAAGGGCGCCAAGCCAGGCUCCGGCGACUCUCCCUGGCUCAACCAUGUCAUGCAGAUCUUCGGUGGUUUCAUGUUCUGCGGUCUUCUCACUACUUGGUUGAUCCCCGAGACCAAGCGUCGCACUCUCGAGGAACUGUCCGGUGAGGAUCAAAGUUCUCACCACGAGAACUUGACCGCUCGAGUACAGGAGAAGCCCGAGGAGAACAACCUGCCCAAGCAGGUCCCUGCCACCAACACCGUGCAGGGUGAGUAA